UAGCUUCGGAUCGUUCAGACGUGUUUUGCUUUGUUGGUCGCGUGCGCUUUGAAUAAACUAGGCUUACAAACACUUACACAUCAAUUUGUAAGAGAGAGAGUGGCGCUGGAAAACCAGCUUAGAGCGAGCUAACAAGUGUGCUUGGCGAACAGCAUCCCGCGUUAAACGUGCAACCGAAAGAGUCAGACCUAGUGCCCCACCUGUAUUUGGUGUCUUCUCCAAACGGUUUGACGCAGAGCGCAACGGCAAAGAGCUCAACUGCAGCCAAAAGUUAAAUACGUUCCAGUCUCUCGUAAUAAUUAUUAGCAGUAGCUCUAGCUCUAGCGCUUGGUAGGGUGUGGUGCAAAAUAAAAAAUACAAAGCACAAAGCAUACUUAACAAUAAAACAAUAAAUAUGUGGCGCGCCAAAUUAAUGCAAAUGGAGAGUGUUUGGCCCGCGUUGUUGCUAGUCCUGGCGCUGGCCACGCACGCACAGGCGCAGCGUACGCCAACCAUAUCGUAUAUAACACAGGAGCAGAUUAAAGAUAUUGGCGGCACUGUGGAAUUCGAUUGCUCUGUGCAGUAUGCCAAGGAGUAUAAUGUGCUAUUCUUGAAGACUGACUCUGAUCCCGUCUUCCUCUCCACGGGCUCAACGCUUGUAAUCAAAGACUCGCGCUUCUCACUGCGCUACGAUCCCAACUCUUCCACCUACAAGCUGCAGAUCAAGGACAUACAGGAAACCGAUGCAGGCACCUACACCUGCCAAGUGGUCAUCUCAACUGUGCACAAAGUCAGCGCCAAUGUGAAGCUCUCAGUGCGUCGCCCGCCCGUCAUCUCCGACAACUCUACACAGUCGAUUGUGGCCAGCGAGGGCAGCGAGGUAAUGAUGGAGUGCUAUGCCAGCGGUUACCCCACACCAACCAUCACAUGGCGUCGCGAGAACAAUGCUAUACUGCCAACGGACAGCGCCACCUAUGUGGGCAAUACGCUGCGCAUCAAGUCGGUCAGGAAGGAAGAUCGCGGCACUUACUACUGCGUGGCCGACAAUGGCGUCAGCAAGGGCGAUCGCCGCAACAUCAAUGUGGAAGUGGAGUUUGCACCAGUGAUCACUGUGCCGCGUCCACGUCUGGGCCAGGCGCUGCAGUACGACAUGGAUCUGGAGUGCCACAUUGAGGCGUACCCACCGCCAGCCAUUGUCUGGACCAAGGAUGACAUUCAGCUGGCCAACAAUCAGCACUACAGCAUUUCGCACUUUGCCACCGCCGAUGAGUACACCGACUCAACGCUGCGUGUGAUCACCAUUGAGAAGCGUCAGUAUGGCGACUAUGUCUGCAAGGCCACCAAUCGCUUUGGCGAUGCUGAGGCGCGCGUCAAUCUCUUCGAGAACAUCAUUCCCGUCUGCCCGCCGGCUUGUGGACAGGCGUAUUAUGGCUCAGCUGAGCAAAUUGCCGCCGCUUCCGUUUCCAUUUCAUCGCUUGCUGCAUUGGGUCUGCUGCUGGCGCUGCUUUACUCCAGAUAAGCCAACUAAGGCCCCAAUAUGAUGCUCUCGCCCAUAUCUAAAUCCCACAUACCAUCAACAAACAGCUCUUGCAUAUACUUAGCAUUUAUAAUUAAUAAUAACGCAUAGACAACAACAACUGUAGACAAAUGUGUCGCAAACAAAAAAAAAAAAAAACAAAACGCAAAACUUUUUCUCACAGCCAGCAAAAUGUUAUUUAAAAUUUCUGUUGUUUAUUCUUUGUUUAAACAUGUCCAAGUCCAAGCUAUGAAACGUCCAGCAUAUUUUAAGUUUAAGCUAAGUUAAAACAGCUCAUGUCUCUUAAUAUAAAUUUAAUACCAACUAAAGACAAGAAUCCAAAUAUUUCACUUUUGACUUUAAACCCGUCCGUCUUAAUUUGCUUGUAGUCUGUAUAUUUUUUUAAAUAAUUCCCUAAGGCAAUGACUAUAUAUGCUCCAUAUACAAACACACACAUCACAAAAGCCAAUGCCACGCUGUCCAAUAUGCAUUCCAUUACUUUAGUUGCAAAAUAUUUUAUUUUUAUUAAAUAAACAAUAAAGUUUUUGCUGCAAUGUAAUUAAGUUGUCAAUUAAACACAACUUGAGACAAAGAUACAAAUACGAAUACGAUGGCAAACAGCAAAUAUCCGAAACAGCUAACGAAUGUUGUGUAAAUUAGUUAAUAAGCACACAAUUCGACAUAAACAUUAUACACAAAAGAAACAAAUUCAAACCCAUUUGUAUUUGAUGGGUGUAAAUUUAUAUAAAGCGACUUUGUAAUACAAAA